CAAAAUCCCAGCGCAGUUUUGCCAGGGACGCUGUGCAGGAAGCAGCUCGGUUUCUAAAAAUAUCGGGGACAUGAAUUGGGGCGCGCGUCACCUCAAUUUCAUUUUGUUUGCGUGAUCUUAUUAACGAUCAGAGCCGAUCCAUGGUUUCCCCGCCCGUUACGAACGUGCUUCCGUGCGCCAGAGGCGAUUCUUCGCUUAUGAACAACCGAAAAACCACACCAGUCCAACCUUUACUUUAACCCCCUAAACCACACUACUGUCGUGCUCUACCCAUAGACAUUUGAUGUCCCUGGUUAUCCGCUUGACUGAGCCUAGUGUCUUCGUGUCGCCACCUCGGCGUCAUGAACACAGAAUCCCAACGGAUGUCACGGCUCCUUCCAUUAUCCGUGGUCUCCUCGUGCUGAAACUCUCACACACUGCGAAAAUAACAAGCAUUGAUGUGUCACUUGAUGGGAUAUCUACAACAGACUGGCCAGAAGGUGGGGAGGACAGGCCUGUAGUGCAUUGCAAUACAGAAGUAGUGAUUGACUAUUCACUAGGUAUUGGGCCACGAAGGCUAGAUGUAGUUGAAGCGCAAGCCUUCCUAUCGAUCAAGACCUCGCUGCUAGAUUCUAUUGCGACAAAUCGCCGCGCCUUGUCAUUGGGGCCUGGCGUUAGCGACAUCCCAGACAACUUGGAAGAGGGGUUUUCGCUUACCGCUGACGGCACCAGCGCGCGCCGUGGGGAAGAGCCCAUGAGCGUUCAAUCCUUACCACAAGGCCGACUUAGAACUAUUCCUCGCUUCAUUCGCCAUAUUCCCCUGCAGCCUCACCUGUAGCCCAGUCCGCCUAUGAAUUAGUGGUACCCGGAACAACCCGUCAAGCUCCGAGACCCUCUUUGUACAGGUUGGGAAGCGGUGAACCAACGUCUCAGUUGCCCGGGGGAAACACUUUGAGUUCCAGUAUCCCGAUCGCGUCGUCCUCGUCCAACCCUCCACCUCGCCAUCAUCGGCCCGGGAGGCGUGACAGUCUCAAUCCAGACGA